GUCCGCCUUCGCUGUCCGCCUAUCGCUGUCCGCCUAUGUCUGUUGCGGCACGACUCUCGGAACGAAAGCAACCGACCGACGCCGAUAUUGCUGCCGCUCACGACGUCGAUCCGACCACCAAGACGCGAACCAGGGUGCCGGCGAGGGACAAGUCCACGCCCGUCGCGGUCGUCUCGUCACCCAAGUAUCGCGGCCCACAAUACGCAGGAAUCGUGGCGACGAUGCUGCACUCGGACGCAUACCAUAGCACGUCCGUCACGGGCGACGCGCCCGACCGCUCCUCGGCGGCAAGCCCCGCGCCACGCGACCCGGACGCCCGACGCACUGCCCCCGGUGAAAACAAGCCGAUCCAAUGGUGGCCGAGCCGCCCUUCCUCGGCACCGCCACCCGUCGUGGCCGACGAGCCCGUCGUGGCCGACGAGCCCGGCGUGGCGGAUGAGCUUUUCGUGUCGAACGACGGCGACCUCUCGAGCGGCCAGGCCGGCGACAUCGAGACGUCGGUGCUGGCUGUGCUCGCUUCCCAACUCAAGGACUGCUCAAGGAGCCCCGAGAUCCACUCACCCACCCCGACCGCCACUAGCGCCCCACGCGCGUGUGCCACUCGUCACGCAGGUGGAGCGCGAGCGCGCCGCCGACGCCGAGGCCAAGCUGAGCAAGGCGCUCGAGGCGACCCAAGCGGCGGCAGUGCGUGCCGCAAUCGCCGAGACGAAGCUGGAGGCGGCGUUGGAGGCGAACGCCGCCCUCGAGGCGGCCAAAUCAGCACUUCGAAAGUAAGCGAGAGCGGCUGGGAGAGGGCACGCGAAAUGAAUCUCGCGACGGGAUUGUGUGUCCCGAGCGACCCCGCGCGCGAAUGUCUCGUCUAGUUUCGGACUCUCACCACACACUCUCGAGCACGACCCCACCGCGCGAGCCGAUGUGCCGGCUCAGCGCGCCUAUCAAGCAGCCCAGCCACACGCAGCUAGCCAUCCGCAUGACGGUCAAGCAGAAGCUCAGCUCAUGCAUAGACGAGGCCGAGCACACGCUCCUACGCUUGUCGCUUCGGCAUCUUUCGCACAAUCCGAGAGUGAGUCACGUCGUAUGUGAUAUGACGGUAUAAAGUCGCGCCA